UUAAAGAAAUAUUCAAGUACGGAUGGGAUGUUUAACGUUCUGCUGAUUACUCAUUUAUUGUCGUGUGUUGCAAGAAUCACAAAAGGUGGUGAUGUUUUGAGACAGGAUAAUACAACAAACAGUGAGAGCAGUAUGUCCUCACGCAGAAUUAUGACAACAAAUAUGAUUUGUGAAUAUCCGAAGGAUGCUUUCCAAGUGCUGAUCAGUAGACAAUGUCCCGCUACACAUCCGUUCUGUGUCAUCGAUGUGCCAUUCGAUAUAUUGCUCAAUCAGAAAUAUAGAUGUGCCACAGCACCACGUCGAACAGACCUUGUGGUACAUUUGAUGAAUUCAUCACAAUUGUUGGCACAAAUAAACAGUGACGGUGAAUUAUAUGGUGGUCAUUCGAAUUGUAUGUUAACCGCCUUUUAUUCACCAGACUGUGCAUUUAGUAUACGAAUGGUGUCCUAUCUGUAUCAGCUGCCGCGCAUGUAUCCUCGACUGCGUAUUGUCGCAACUGAUGCAAGAGACCAUAGCAAAUUGAAUAGUCGGUAUGGUAUCAUUGGGACACCUACCAUAUUACUAUGGGUCGAUGGCAGUGUAGUUUCCCGUAUGGAUGAAGCACCCUUCUCAUUGAAUGCGUUCAGAAAUUAUAUAGAAAAAUGGACCGACCUUGAGUUGGAAUAUAUACCAGCAAUGGAAAAUGACGGUGGUUUGAUUGAAAACAUACAAUUUCACAAGUCAAGUUUCGAUUGGUAUCUUUGUGUGUCGUGGUGUUCUUUUGUGCUAAGUACUGCUUAUUUCUUCAUGAAUUCAAAAUACGGGCUAGCUUUCUUGGGAACACUUCGGACAAAUUACAUUCAAGUAAAUGAGGUUCAACGAUAAUUUAUUAUGCUGAUAACUAACUGUAUAUUUUACGUGUUUUUGAAUCAGCCCAUGCUGUCACCAUUGCAUUGUUUUCAAUCAUUGUAUUGUAGGUUAAUAAUGUUCAGACGAUAUGAUUACUUCCAAUGACUUUAUGACAGAAAUGUUUUUCAAAAAUUAC